AUGCCAGCUAUCAAGUCCAACGCUGAAUACAAGAAAUACACCCAGCAGCUCGAGAAAGAGAGAGCCGAGCUCAAAAAAGAGUUGGCUCAGGAGAAAGGGAAAAACGAGGAGCUCACCACUACCAUCUCCACAAUGCGCGAAUUCCUCAAAGAUCUAAAACUGGAGUCUAGAAUCGAGCUGAAGGAUUUGAAGGCGGUACUUGCCGAUGUUAUUCAUGCGGACCAGCAAAAAGAGGCGGAGCUUGCAAAGCUCUCCACAGAGCUACAGUACGCCAACGCGUCCUUAGAAGCCACUGAGCAACACUUCAACUUGAAAACUCUCAAUGUCUCACAACAGAAGACGUUGCGCUCAGAGACAGAGAUUCGGAUUCUAAAGAAGAGAUGUGAGGAGGCGGAGCGUAAAUUUCAGAAGAUGCAGGAGGAGGAAGCCGAUAAGAAGUCGACUGAGGAGCUUCACAAUUUGAAAUUGGCUCUGGAAACUUUGAAAAUUGAAAAUGAGGCAUAUAUCGAACAAAUUUGCACUUUGAAAACCGCCAACUCGACUUUGCAACACGAGAAAAAUGUAGGGGAGUUUGAGAAGGAAAAAAUCAAGAAGCAAUUGGAGAAGAGUGAGGAAGAGAAGGCUCUAAAGUAUUCUGGAAGUGGUAUAAAUGGAAUCCAAAAACUACAAACAGUGUUGGAGAACAAGGAGGGGAUGUUGAAGAAGUUUGCAAAGUAG